AUGGCACCUAGGAAGAGAGCCGCGCAAACGCUGAGCGCACAUAUCGAUUCUAGCAGCGAUGACGAGGCAGUAAUUGAAGAAGCCAAGGUUGUUUCAGUCUUGCAGAAGAGAGCCACGGGGAAGCGUGCCACUGCUACAAGGAAAGCAUCAACCACUGCAGCCGAGAAGAAACCUGCCGCUCGCGGAAAAAGAAAGGCGGCAGCUACAGAAGAUGAGGAAGAGAUAGACGACCCCAUCAAGGAUGACGAAGCUUUGGAUGACACAGUUAUUGUCGUUGACGAAGGAAAGAAAAAAGGAGGAAAGGCGCCAGCUAAACCAGCAAAGAAGGAACCUGCUAAGAGAGCAAGAGGGAAAAAGGCUGCCACAGAGGAGCCAGAGCCAGAGCCAGAGGAAGAUGAAGAACAAGCGGAGUUAGUUCAAGAAGAGAGCACGGUUAGCACAACGAAGAGGGGUAAGAAGGCUGCUGCUGAACCCGCUGCUCCGGCGCCAGAAAAGAAGAAGCGUAUGUCGAAGAAAGAUAAGGAAGCUGCGGAUAAAGAGACUGCAGAGGCCCAAUUCACACCGAUGGAGCUCGAUCUACCCUCUGGCAAAGAAACGGAUAAUAACCAGGAGCUAGAUAUCGCCGGAGUACAUCAAGCCGGGAUAAGGAAAGGCGGCGGCGGGAAAGGGGUUGUGCCGAAGGGGAAGGGAAAAGGAACGAAGUCUGAUCACGAGAUUGAUACUGAGGAGGAUGAUCUUUCACAAGUUCCAAUGAAAAUAACAAUCCCGAUGCCACCCCCAGGGAGGGGUAAGGGAAAGAGGCAAAUCUCCGCCGGAGAUGAGAAAGCACUUAGAGAUCUCCAAGAGGCAUAUGAAGAACUCCAAAGCAGAUAUGACAAACUUCAGGAAGCUAAAGAAUCUGAACCUGAACGAGCUUUGAAAGAAUUCCGGAAGAAUAUGAAGGAGAAAGAUGAAGAAAGAAAUAAGGUCAUCUCAAAUCUACAGGGUGAACUGAAAGCUCAGCAGGCGCUUUUCGGGGAAUCAAGAGCUGUCCAGAAGAAACUCAUUGCCAAGGAGACGGAAGUUUCGAAAUUGCAAGAAAAGGUUCAGGAAUUGAGUAAAAGUCUCCAUGAUCAGCAGAAUGAGAAUCAAGUAAUUUCAGCAAAGCUUGCGCAGGCUCAACAUCAAAUUGCGCAGGCACACACCCAGAAAAGCAACGCACAAGCCCCCGGAAGCGCUGUUAAGUCCGGUUAUCGAGGACCGUUGGGUGCCCCGAAGGCCAAUCUUAACAUGGCGGCAGAUGAUGCUAAACUCAAGGAGGAUCUAUAUGCAGAUCUUUGUGGUCUGAUCAUCGUUAACGUCAAGAAGGAAAAUGACUGUAAUGUUUUUGAAUGUCUGCAGACGGGCGUUGACGGAUUGGCUAUCCAUUUCAAGCUGUCAGUUCCGACCCAAAGCACAAAACCGAAAAAGGCUUCUAAUCAUGAAAGCAAAACUCCCGGUGACAUCGAUGAGAUUGACGACGACGAAGUCCUAUUUAUCCCGCUGAUUGAUCAAGUGAGAGACAAGUCCGUCAUUGAAAUAUUACCUACAUAUCUUCGUGGUGAAAUCUCUUUCCAGAAGGACCACAUGACCAAGUUUUAUCAAAAGAUCAACACCUUGUUCAUGAUGAGUAUUAGCACGCGCAAACCCCAAUCAGAUUCUACUGAAGAGGAGAGCGACGACGAAGAGGAGGAGGAAGAUGAGGAGGAAGAUGAGGAUGAGACUGAAGAGGACGAGGAAGACGGCGACGAGAAGAUGGAAGAAGCAAAGUAG